CGAUCAGUUUAUUUCUAUGAGUGGCUCCGAUCGGUCGCGUGAAGUUGAGUCGCGAAGCGAAAUACACUGGAGAGUACACAGGUGCCUCGCCUGUGCGUGUAGCUACUUAAUCACCACUAACACUCGCACUCGUCGUGCUAAGCUCUCUGAUCGCGCCGGACGUCUGCGGACGGGAGUGAUUAGCGGUCUGUCGUGUCAUCCACAAAACGUGUGUUCAAGACUGUUGGUGCCUGCUCUAAGUAGCAAAGUAUAUACUUUGCAUUACCUUUACGAGGUGGCAAGCAGUAUUUGAGUAUUUGUGAUUUAAUAAGUGCGCAAGUGGUUGCUGUCAAACUGGUGCUGUUUGUUUGAAUAAUAAAGUUUCGUUGUUCGAUGAGCAGUGAUGUCGUUCGAAUAUAACGCAUAUUGAUACCAUGUUCUGAAAAACGAAUAUUGGCUAAAAGAAAGAAGAACGUUAAUGGAGGUACCAUCAAAACAAGUUCCUGCCAGAAAUAGCAGAAACGAAUACUUCGGUGAAAGUGUAAACCUAAACAUGAUACAGAGAGUCCCAUUGGCAAUCUGGUUAUCAUCUGGAUUGGUGAUAAUUUUUCUGUUUAUGUGUACAAUCAUGCUAAUGAUACCGCCGACAUACUCAGCCGCACAAUUUCGUCCAUUAGUGAGAGAACGAGAAAUUCCACCGGGUAAUGAUGAAACAAGUGAUGAAGAAUUAAAGACAAGAAUACAGGAAAUUUAUAAACGUAAAGGGUAUUCGAACCCAGCCCCUGAUCCCGAAGAUUACCCAGAAGAAUCUAUGCCGGCGGUAUUGACGACCAGACUUGAUAGUUCUACAAACAAUAGAACGCGACGACCCGUGCAGAAAAUUAGUAAGGACUUCGACCCAAGUCAAUCGUACGUAAUAAAGCACGCAAACGGAUCGAUUUCCUACGUAUUCCCAGAGAAAAUUGCGUCCACUACGGCCGGCACAAAUGAUGUUUCGGAGAAGGCGACUGGCGAUGUGACGUAUCGAAGUAGGCGUUGUUUGCACAAAAAUUGCACUUCUAGUUCAGAAUCCAGUGACUUCGUGUUUCCUAAUGAAUUAACUCCUAAGAUAGAUGUGAAUCGAUGUCAUCCAAAAGAUUCGGUGUGUUCUGACGUCAUAAAUUACCCGGAGCAGCUGGUGAACGAUAUUAUCGACAGUCACGGACAGCAGUUCAAAGAAUUUUUCGGCGAAGAUAUAGUAGUAAGCAGUGGAGAUAAACUGGUGCAGCGGUUCGAUACUUCCGACGAUGAAUUUCUUUGCAGGAGUGAGGAGCGUUUGAUUCAUCCUAAGAGCGGACUCAACAAGGACGAUCAGACUGUGAUGAUCGUCAACACUGCUAACUACGUACAGGGUGUGCGAAUGGAAACAUGUUCGAAUGUUGAUCAACCGUGCGACAUCUUGGAGCAUGGAAGCUUGUACACAACUGAAUGCAAACAAUUGUACCAUUAUCGAACAUUAGUGGCAAUUAAUCCAACAACUAACCAAUUGUACAAGGAUGCAUUCCGGUUACCGUCAUGCUGCAAAUGUGUAAGGAGACCAACUGCACGAGCACUACAGAUGCGACAUGAAGCGGAGGGACUUUGAACUACUGAGUGCAUAGCCUCAUUGAUUUUGUGCAAGGAAAGUAUGAUAAGUUUCACAUUUUCCACCUGUCUCAAGGCAUAAAGGAGAAAAAAAUCUCUCUAGGAUGCAAAUGAUUCAUGAUUUGACUAGUUUUAGUGAGUGAUUUUGAAUGUACCUACAUUUCUAUUAAUACAAUAGGCCAUAUAAUUGUAAUAUGAACCAUUUGAUAAAAAUAAAAGUUGUUAUUACUCUGAAA